AAAACACGUCAUUAUCCGUACGGAGAGAAGUUCUUCAAACGCCUCUCUUGCAAACUGAAACACUUUCAGAACAGCAGAAGCUCUUUUCGUCCUCACCAGACAGCAACUAUGGAGUUCCAUGGAAACACCAAUCAGAGGAUUGCUAUGAUUUCGGCUCAUCUUCAACCUUCUUCUCUCACUCCUCAGAUAGAAGGAAUUUCGGUCUUGGGGCGAGCAAACUGCAGAGCGAAAGGCGGGAAUCCUGGGUUUAAGGUAGCAAUUCUGGGAGCUGCAGGUGGAAUUGGGCAAUCACUGUCUAUGCUUCUGAAGAUGAACCCUCUUGUCUCAGUGCUUCAUCUCUAUGAUGUUGUCAAUGCCCCUGGUGUCACAGCCGACAUCAGUCACAUGGACACUGGAGCUGUUGUUCGUGGAUUCUUGGGGCAACCUCAGCUUGAAGAUGCACUUACAGGGAUGGACCUUGUGAUCAUACCGGCCGGUGUGCCGAGGAAACCCGGGAUGACCCGUGAUGACCUCUUCAAGAUCAAUGCCGGAAUAGUCAGGACACUCUGUGAGGGUGUGGCCAAGUGCUGUCCUAACGCCAUUGUCAACCCGAUCAGCAAUCCAGUCAACUCUACUGUUGCCAUUGCGGCUGAGGUUUUCAAGAAAGCUGGGACUUACGAUCCUAAGAAACUUCUGGGAGUUACUACACUCGAUGUCGCGAGGGCCAACACUUUCGUGGCAGAAGUUCUCGGCCUCGAUCCCAGAGAAGUUGAUGUACCAGUUGUCGGAGGACAUGCCGGUGUCACAAUUUUGCCCCUUCUAUCACAGGUCAAACCUCCUAGCAGCUUCACACCUGCAGAAGUCGAGUACCUUACAAACCGUAUUCAAAACGGUGGAACUGAAGUCGUGGAGGCAAAAGCCGGGGCUGGAUCAGCGACACUGUCAAUGGCAUAUGCCGCAGCAAAGUUUGCAGACGCUUGCCUCCGGGGAUUAAGGGGAGAUGCAGGAGUCGUGGAGUGUGCCUUUGUAGCUUCGCAGGUCACAGAGCUGCCUUUCUUCGCAACCAAAGUACGCAUUGGCCGUGGAGGAGCAGAGGAGAUCUACCAGUUAGGACCUCUAAACGAGUAUGAAAGGAUCGGUCUGGAGAAAGCAAAGGCAGAAUUGGCCGGAAGCAUUCAGAAAGGGAUUGAUUUCAUCAGAAAAUGAGUGAGAAGACCAAUUAAAAAUCAGAGAGAGAUGAUCAUACAUACCCCCUUUGUCUACAUUCCCAGCUUGUGUACUCUUUUUAACUUCCAGUGUGCUAAAGCUUCAACAUGAAUGAACCCUAACUAAAAAUCA